CUUCUCUCUAUUAAAAUUGUAAAAUGUUGCUUAAGGUGUGUCGCAGGUAGAGUUUGUCCCCGCUCUUUCUCCUCCUCACCACUAGGUGUCCCCACAUGUUUCAUCCAUGACCAUCGCAGUUCGGUCACUUCCGGUUCCGGCUGCGAGCACACGAACAGGAAGCUCGCUGCACACACGUGAAAAAAAUAGUUCAGCCAAAACAGACAGCCUCCACAAGAUGGACAUUACAGAGGUCCCCGUGAGUCAGGACAACAAGGGUAAGAAAAAGAAGAACAAGAAGCCAAAGAAUAAGAGUGUGAGUCCGGAGGGAGACGGAGUGGAGACGAAGGAGGAGGUGAAGAUGGAGAAGAGCGAGGCGGCAGCAGCAGGAGCAGCUGCCUUCCCCCCCACCUUCAGUGUGUCCGAGAUCAAGAAUAAACAGCGAAGACACUCUAUGUUUAUGAAAUUCAAGCAGGAGAAAAGAAAGGUAAAGGUGCAGUUGAAGAAGAAGAAGAAAAAAGAAAGGGAAGCUUUAGGUGACAAGGCGCCUCCAAAAGAGGUCCCGAAGACGAUAGAAAACCAGAGGGUGUACGACGAGACAACAGUGGAUCCAGAAGAUGAAGAGAUUGCAUUUGAUGAGGGAACUGAUGAGUUUUCUGCCUACUUCAAUGGGUUGACAAACCCCAAAGUGCUCAUCACAACAUCCGACAGACCAAGAGGGAGGACAGUGAGGUUUUGUGAGCAGCUGGCCACAGUAGUCCCAAACGCCCAUGUGUACUACAGAAGAGGUCUGGCCCUGAAGAGGGUCAUUCCUCAGUGCGUCGCCAGAAACUUCACCUACCUGAUGGUCAUCAAUGAGGAUCGCAAAAUGCCCAAUGGUUUGGUUCUCUGUCAUCUACCCGACGGGCCGACUGCACACUUCAAGAUCAGCAGCGUUCGCCUACGCAAGGAGAUGAAGAGACGAGGCAAAGAUCCAACUGAACACACCCCAGAGGUGAUCCUCAACAACUUCACCACUCGUCUGGGUCACAGCAUCGGCCGGAUGUUUGCUGCCCUCUUUCCACAGGACCCUCAGUUUGUGGGUCGACAGGUCGCCACCUUCCACAACCAGAGAGACUUUGUCUUUUUCAGAUUCCACAGGUACAUCUUCAAGAAUGAAAAGAGAGUUGGUAUUCAAGAGCUGGGACCUCGCUUCACGCUCAAACUCCGCUCUCUACAGAAAGGCACCUUUGACUCAAAGUAUGGGGAGUACGAGUGGGUCCUAAAGCGCCAUGAGAUGGAUGCCUGCAGACGAAAGUUCCAACUUUAAAUGCAAAAUAACAACUGGCUUUUGAGGUCGGGCGAGGACGACCUUGUUUAUUAUCCAAGAUACUUCUGCAAUUUGUGGCUUUCCACAAAUGGACUUUAGAGUGGAUAUCAAGAUUCAUUGUGGACGACUAGUUUUCACAUACUUUCAACUUAACAUGAUGACAACACUGAUUACUGGAUUUUUUUUUAGAUCACAUCGCUUCAGAUUCAAACGCACCCUGAAAAGGACUUUUAUAAAGCUGCGUCUGCCGGCCAAGUGUGGGACUGGAGUCGGUAGCUCAUUGCAAGGACUUUACCCUCUGUUAGUUGGAAGAAACCAGAGAGGAGACAUGCAGGCCCUCUACAUUAAUCCAAAUAACCUGAAUACAAUUGUAUGUGAGGGUUGUACAGGCGUAUGUGCAGUUCCUUUCAAAUGUAUCUACAUAAAACUGUAUGAAUGUUGCCCAAAAAUGAAUCAGAGAGUCAUUUUGAGCCUGCACUGGUCACAGACUUAUAACAUCUUAGUCAGUGCAAAUGAUAUAAAGAGAAUGUGACGUGCAACCAUUUCUGGAAAUGGCUACAUGGUUCAAA